UCUUGUUUUCUAUAUUUUUUCAUAAUGCAGUCUGUGCCAUCCUCAACUUCCACUCAGAGGCGAGCCGAUGGGCUACAAAUAAUAUUUGAAGUCAGUCAAACUUGAAGUAUUUGUGGAACCGUACGGGAAAAAUACUCUCCACAGACAACAUGGCUGUGCUUCAAUGCCGUAAGAUACAAUUAGAUAAUAGCUGGUAGCUGACGUGAAAUGCUUGAGAACUCGGUGAUACAUUGAAGCAAUGUAUGCUACAGAAGACAGAAGUCUCUCACAUCUGAAACAUAGGCAAGAGAAAGAGAGAGUGAUGGUUCAGGAAGGCCUCGAGUUGGUUCAGAGAAGGAAGGAAGAGCGCAUCAGGCAGAAACAAAUGGAUCAGAGUGAGGUGCGGAGACUGAUCGCCAACUAUGAUCCAUGGGGAAAACCCGGAGGAGGGGCGCCAAACGCUGAAGAUGUUCGCAGAAGAAAAACCAGUAUUCAUUAUUAUCACUUGUUGGACCAAAAACAGUUUUUGCCGGAGAUACGAAGGUCUAUCCAAAGGUGUUACCGUUUCUCCCAGUCGCCUUAUGACAAACACAGAUACAGGUUGGAGCUAGAUUCUUUAGUGGGAUACAGGAAUCAUCUUCUGUCCGAAGCUAUGAGGAAAUCAACGAGUUUCGACCAAAAACUUUUAACAGCUGAUGCUCCUUGGGGGAAACCGGGCCCAGGCGGUCCCACAUGGAGAGACCCUCGUACCAUUGGAUGUAAUUUCCUCCAUUCGUUGGGCUGGACUGGAGAGCCCGCAUUUCGUAGACUAGAGCAGGAACAUCAGAGGAGGGAGCAGCAGUACAAGACUAGGCCAUCGACCAACUACCAAGCCAUUCCCCCACCCCCUGACAUGGAGAGGAGGAAAGAGAUACAUGCUCCAGAGGAAUUGAUAACUGGUGGCGUUGAAUUGGUUCCUCUGCUGGCCAGGAGAAGAGCUCUUCCCCAGCAUUGUCCUCUGAGCACCACUGACGUCACCAAUACCAGGCUGCGAACUCCAGUCAUGCCUCCACCUGCCAGAAGUCCGACCUGGAAUAAACCGGAGAUGGAGAAAGAAUAUUUAUCUGAACUUACCAACCAAGUGCAUUACAAGCAGAAAAAGAUCAGAGACGCCCACACUGAAGACCUGGCGAACAGUAGACGUCAUUUUGAAACUUGGUGCAACUUCUGGGGUCGCCCCGGUCACGGAGCCCCCAAGCAGAGCAACGUCAAGGAGAAUCUCAACUAUCUGCUCUACGAUGCGCCGGUCAAGUAGAAUUAGAACAAUGCUGGUCGUUUUGAAUACGGUAUUUCUCAUAAUUACGUCAUACACAACUCUUCACACCUCAGUUGCGUGUAGUUUUGGGAGGAAUUGAUUGCAGGUUUGGUUGGUCGUAUUAGAUUGGCAAUCUCUUAGAAAGGGGUUUCUAACUACUAACCUCUUGAUAAAUUAUUCUAAUAUGGCUUCUUGGUUGUUCAAUAAACUAUAGAAAAUAACUAUUACCCUUGAAAUAUUCGGAGAAAGCUGUUGAGAAUGACAUAUAAAUAUCGAAACUAGUCGUGUA